CAGUUGUUUACCCCAUUCUUCCAGUGAGCUUCCGAUCGGCAUCAAGAUUAGGUGUACUCGUUAAGUCUGUGCACCAUGGCACCAGAUUCGAAAAAGGCGAAAACUAAAGGGUCUUCUGAAAGUUUAAUGAGCGUGGACAAGAUUUUCAUGAAAUAUAGACAAUGUGACUCUCCAGCAGUAUGGUGGGCAGUAUUCGGAGUGAUCUGCAUUUUGACGGCAGUUACAAGAUUCUACAAAGUAUCAGAACCAGAACAUGUUGUAUGGGAUGAAACACUUGGAAGUUUUGGAAGUUGGUACAUAAAUAGAACUUUCUUUUUUGAUGUUCACCCUCCGCUUGGAAAGAUGUUGAUCGGAGCUUUUGGUUACUUGACUGGGUACGAUGGAACUUUCCCAUUCAUCAAACCUGGAGAUUCAUAUGAAGGAGUUAACUACCUUGGCAUGAGAGUAUGUUGCACAGCAAUGGGGGCUUGUUUGGUGCCCUUUGCUUUCAUCAUUGUUUGGGAAAUGACAUUCUCACUGCCUGCUGCAACUCUUGGCUCAUCUCUCAUAUUAUUUGAUAUUGGACUUUUGACACUAAAUCAGUACAUUCUCUUGGAUCCCAUCCUUUUAUUCUUCAUAAUGGGAUCUGUGGUUGGCAUGGUGAAGUUCCAUGCUCAGCGCCAUAGGCCCUUCACUGGACCCUGGUGGCUCUGGCUGACAUUCACUGGCAUCAUGCUUUCUGGAUCUGUCUCUGUGAAAUUUGUUGGCCUGUUUGUUGUUGUUUAUGUUGGUUUACACACCAUCAAAGACCUUUGGGAUCUUUAUGGAGACCUCAACAACUCCUUGAGAUAUGUCGCACAGCAUUUCAUGGCGCGUGCACUUGGUCUGAUUGUUCUUCCAAUAGUGCUGUAUUGUGUAUAUUUCUACAUUCAUCUUACUGUUUUGUGUAAGAGUGGUAAUGGAGAUGGAUUCUAUAGCUCUGCAUUCCAGUCACAGCUAGAAGGAAAUUCUUUAUACAAUGCUAGUAUGCCAUUAGAACUGGCUUAUGGCGCUGAAAUCACCCUGAAAAAUGCACGAACAGGUGGUGGUUAUCUUCACUCCCACAUUCAUCUCUAUCCAGAGGGUGUAGGGGCUCGUCAGCAGCAAAUUACGACAUACUCACAUAAAGAUUUCAAUAACAAAUGGCUUGUUAAGAAAUGGAAUGAAGAACCAGGUGACUGGGAAGAUGAUGAUCCUGUUGAACUUGUAAAGAAUGGAGACUUGAUUCGUCUGGAACAUGUUCCUACUGGUAGGAACUUGCACUCCCAUCGUGAAAAUGCUCCAGUCACAAAGAGACACCAUCAAAUAACUGGUUAUGGAGAGAAUGGUGUUGGUGACGUGAAUGAUGUCUGGCGUGUUGAGAUUGUCAAUGGUGAAGAAUCGGAAGUUGUGAAAACAGUUGUCCAUAAAAUCAGACUUAACCACUACUUGGUUGGGUGCUCGCUCAUGUCUCACAACAAGCAGCUCCCUAAAUGGGGAUAUGAACAGAUGGAAGUUACAUGUAAUCCAAAUAUUCAUGACCCAAAUAAUUUAUGGAACAUUGAAGAUAAUGUCUUCCCAAAAGUACCCAACUCCAGUUUUGAGAUAUAUGCACCCAACUUCUUUGAAAAGUUCUUGGAAUCUCACACAGUGAUGUUCCAGGGUAACUCAGGCCUCAAGCCAAAAGAAGGAGAAAUUACCUCACAGCCUUGGCAGUGGCCCAUCAAUUUCAAGGGUCAGUGGUUCUCUGCCAUUGAUGGCUACAAAGUGUACUUGCUGGGAAAUCCCCUUAUUUGGUGGGGUAACCUGGUAAUACUUGGAGCUUUUGUCUUGGUGUACUGCUACAAUGCUUACAGGCUCCAAAGAGGACAUGUUGAUGAUCCAGAUACAGCUGCUCGCCGUGAAAGGACAUUAAACGCUUGUGGUUGGUUGUUGUUAGCAUGGGCAUUACAUUAUUUGCCCUUCUACUCCAUGGGAAGAAUCUUGUAUUUUCACCAUUACUUCCCUGCCCUAAUGUUUUCUUCAAUGCUUACAGGUGUUGUGAUAGAUUACAUGCUGGAAAGUUUACCCAAUAUGGUCCCAAGAGUUAUUUCAUCCUCGGUAUAUCCAUGUUUGACAGGUCUCCUAUUUUCAACUUUGGCUGAUUCUAUAUUUAUAUUUCAUGCUUACAUGUUUUCUCCACUUGCAUAUGGAAUGCAUAACUUGGAACCUGGUUUUGAAAAUGGUACUAUAAACCAAAUUCGCUGGCUAGACUCCUGGGAAUUCUAGGUGGUUAUGUCAUUCACACAAUUGUUGUGUUUUUUCUAUAUAGCAGUUUUUCCCAGCUUCAAGAAAGUCUUAAAAACCAAGUAAUUUCUGAGGAAUUCAUGUAAAACUGAAGCAAGAAGAGAGGAAAUGAAUGAUGUUAGUGGAGCAAGGUGGAAUGCUGAAGCUGUACAAGUCUUCAGUUGUAUUAAGUUUAGCUUUUCUACACACCCUGUAAACCCUUUGUCUUGAAGUGCAGGUUUGAACAAAUGUUCUUAACAUUAUAGUGAAAACUGAAAAUAUUUUUUUCAAGCUGGUCUUGCUGGUGGUUGGUGUUAAGAUUGAUUACAUAUACUAUCUGUUCAGUGUUUGUUGUUUGUGAUGUCAUAUAAUUUAUAUUGACCAUUUUUAAAUUUUACUAUUUUUGUAUACUUUACAAUAAAGAAUUUAUGCA